GGUUGGAGCGGGAGCGCGCCGAGUUCUCGGGCAGAACGUGUCGCGGGUUUGGCCGCGAGAGCGCGCGGAGCUCAGAGCCGGAGCAGGCGCGGGCGCGGUGUGAGCGGCGGUGUCCGGGAGACCGAGCCCGAGGAGGAUGAUCGAGCGGCCCGACGCUGGGGGAGGUGUCCCGCAUCCCCGUUCUCUGGAGGGAUAUGUUGGAUUCGCAAAUCUCCCGAAUCAAGUAUACCGCAAGUCAGUGAAACGGGGAUUUGAGUUCACGCUCAUGGUUGUGGGGGAAUCAGGACUUGGCAAAUCAACUUUGAUCAAUUCGCUCUUCCUGUCAGACUUGUACUCCAAGGAAUACCCUGGGCCCUCCCUCAGGAUCAAGAAGACUGUCCAGGUUGAACAGGUAAAGGUUCUGGUUAAAGAAGGUGGUGUGCAACUCACACUGACUAUUGUUGACACCCCAGGAUUUGGAGAUGCAGUGGACAACAGUAACUGUUGGCAGCCAGUCAUCAACUACAUUGACAGCAAGUUUGAAGAUUUCCUCAACUCUGAGUCGCGAGUUAACCGCCGCCAAAUGGCUGACACCCGCGUUCACUGCUGUUUAUACUUCAUUGCUCCAUCUGGACAUGGGCUGAAGCCUUUGGACAUCGAAUUUAUGAAACGUUUACAUGACAAGGUGAAUAUUAUUCCACUCAUAGCUAAAGCAGACACCCUCACUCCUGAGGAGUGCCAACACUUCAAGAAGCAGGUAAUGAAAGAGAUCAAGGAGCAGAACAUUAAGAUUUAUGAAUUUCCAGUUACUGAAGAUGAUGAAGAUAAUAAAUUGAUAAAGAAGUUUAAGGACCAUGUACCACUGGCAGUCGUUGGAAGUACUCUCGUCUUUGAGGUCAAUGGGCGAAAGGUUAGAGGUCGCCAGUAUCCAUGGGGAGUUGCAGAAGUUGAAAAUGGAGAGCACUGUGACUUCUCUCUUCUGCGCAACAUGCUGAUCAGGACACACAUGCAAGAUCUGAAAGAUAUCACCAACAACGUCCACUAUGAGAAUUACCGGAGUCGCAAGUUGGCUGCAGUGACUGGUAAUGGGAUCGAUGCCAGUAAGACGAAGGGACCCCUCACUAGGAGUCCAUUGGCUGAAAUGGAGGAAGAACGUCGGGAGCAUGUGGCCAAAAUGAAGAAAAUGGAGACAGAGAUGGAGCAGGUCUUCGAGAUGAAGGUUAAAGAGAAAAAGCAGAAGCUUAAGGACUCUGAAAAUGAGCUGCAGCGUCGGCAUGAGCAGAUGAAGAAAAAUUUGGAGGCACAAUACAAGGAGCUUGAAGAAAAACGUAAGCAGUUUGAGGAGGAGAAAGCAGCCUGGGAGAUGGAGCAGCGUGUAUUGGAACAGCAGAGGCUCGAUUCAUCAAAAACAAUGGAGAAAAACAAAAAGAAAGGCAAGAUUUUCUGAAGUUUAUUGUCCGAAUAUUUCUGGCUGACAUCAUUACCCACCCUGCAGCUUCUGGGCGUCAAUAAAUGCCACUGAUCACACAUUUCCAGAACUGUCUUUGUCCUACCGGACUGCUGAUGAAAUGGUGAAUAUACACCAGAUCAAGACCACAUGCUUCUUCACUGAGCCUCUUGAUGUAGUUAAACUCCAUGCUGUUUGGUGUCUUGCAGGGUGAGGAGGAUUGUUUGUGUCUGCCAACACUGCAAUGCUGCUCACACUAGCCUGCCUCAAAUCAGAGUCAAGUUUUAGCUUCCAAAUUCCUGUCUGCUUGCUGUGCUCUGACACCUCCCUCACUUUCAGCAGGUAACUCAUAGCAAGGCCUGGGCAACUCCAGUUGCUGCUUUCCCCGAAUCCUCGGACAUUGCCAAGAGCUCAUCUGGUUGGUGUGCGAUGAAGGGGUUCGCAGUGUUUGGGGAUGGAGACUGCUAGCAUUUCUUCCCCGCUCAUACGGAUUGGGAAUGGGACUUAACCGUCUACAGUUCAAUCUCUGAGCUGUUACUGAGAGGGUGGAGCCCAUACAGUCACCAUACACGUUGACCAAUCCACAGAGCAACUGAACUACUCGUGACUCUCCCUAUGUAAGCUCUUUGCCUCUUGUUUCCCAGUGACUCUGUGAGGGUUUUGAUGCUGUGCAUGAUUGAUGUUGUGUAAUUGCUCCCAGGCCCUCCUGCUGUCCUCUUGUCAGGUUUUCUAUAAGCUUAAACAGCAUGGGACAAUGUGCUUUGUCACUGGCCUGGUGUUCCUACCCAGUGCAAUGGUGUGAUUGUGCUGCAACUACAGACCAGCUUGGAAAUCCUGGCUGAUCUAUUACUGAAGGUUUGUGAUGUUUUACUGUCCUUUUCAUCAGUUUAUUCAACAUGGAGAGUCUGAAGCCAUGGCUUUUCACAUCACAGCUUGGAGGACACUUCCUUUCUUUUUCCUUUCCUUCUCCCUUAUUCCUUGCCCAUUCCUUCCUUUGCUGUUGCCUCCCCAUCUCUCCCUCAUUGUGCCCUUACCACCCUGCCAUCCCCAUCUCCUGCAGGAUUCCUGCCCGUUCCCUUUCACACACUGGCCAGAGCACAUUGCUGAGGGUGCAGUUGCUCCUCUGGGAGACAGGCUGGAACUGACUGGGAUUGAUCAGUGUGUGCCCCACCCUGGGCUCCUACCCACCCCCAGUGGCUUGGGUUUUUGAAGGAGUGACUGAAAUAUUGACUCAGACUCUCCUCCUUUUGAGGCAUUUAUGAUAAGUUUUAAAAUGUAAGCUUCACUUGAUAUUUUGUAACCAUCACUGCCAUGUAUGUAAAGCAAUGAUUAAAGUCUCCAGUAUCAACUA